AUGCAUGUCCAAGAGGAAUUACUUGUGGUUUCCAAUGAUCACACACAAAUGAUCAUCAAAGGGAAGCGCACCAAGCGUCAAAGGGCACCAUCCCCUCUUAGGCUAGCCAUGCCUUCAACCCCUUGUAGUGUUGGUGGAAGUAGCACUAGCACUUCCAUAGGACUUGAUAGUGCCACAACCUCACCCACCACCACAAUUGAAUUGAGGGAAAGAACCGAAGAAGAGGAAGACAUGGCUAAUUGUCUCAUUCUCUUGGCUCAAGGUAAUCAUCACGUGGCUGCACCUACACCACAACGUCACAAUAACAAUAAUAAUAAUAAGUCAAGCCUAUUACUUUACCAAUGCAAGACUUGCAACCGAUGCUUCCCUUCAUUCCAAGCACUUGGGGGACAUAGAGCCAGCUACAAGAAACCUAAGCAAAACGGUUCUUUCACAGAAGAAAAGCAAGCGGUUACUAGUUUUGUGAAAGAAGAGGUUGAUCAUUGUGACCCCACCACAAGCACCACCCUCUCCUUGCAAAUAUCAAAUAGGGUUAACUUGUGUAGCAGCAACACUGCUACUACUUCUUCUACAACAAAAUCUAAAGUUCAUGAGUGUUCUAUCUGCGGUGCUGAAUUCUCAUCUGGGCAAGCCUUGGGGGGACAUAUGAGGCGGCACAGAAAUUUUGUCAACACAUCUACAACAAAGUCUAUGAGCAGUGGAAAUAUUGGUGGUGGUAGCCAUGAAUCGCAAGAGGCCAAGAAACCCUUGAAGUUUGACUUGAAUCUUCCAGCACCAAAGGAAGAUCAGAGAGAAUCCAAGUUUUCGUUUCAGCCUAGAGAAAACGUUAUUGUCUUCUCUACAUCUUCUUUGGUGGAUUGCCACUACUGA